AUGGAUGAAGACGAGAGCCGCGCCGGCGCUCGCUCCCAGUCGCCCGCCCUCAAGGUAGACUCGCCUCCUGAGGACGAUAGCUACAAUGUCGGCGACUCCUCGGACGCGCAUGCCGACUCCAUGACCGAGGAGCAACGCCUCCGAGCCCACCUGCUGCAAGACGUCGAGUCCAGUUUCGUGCCUCCCAUAUCGCCAGUUAGGGUAGCUGGGCCCGAAGGCGGAGUCGACGAUACCUUUAUGUUUGACGCCUCGGCCUCCUCCAAAAAGGCACCGAGUCCGCUACGAGAGUCACGUCACGGUGAUUACAACGGGGGUGUAGACCACGGUGCAGAACUCCCAGUGGAAGGAGGAAGAGCAGGAAGAGGAGAGGCACCUACGACGGAAGCGGAAAAUCCCCACGAAGUACGCAGCACAACGCCAGCAACAGCGACCGCAUCAGAGCCAGACGAAGAGAGAGAUGACGAACACGAUUCAUACAAUGGCAACAGUCACGAUGACUCCCACCUGGAUCGGCAUACUACCCACGAUGACUCCGAAUUGCCAGCCCAGAAUAUAUCUAGUGCCACGCCUUCAAGUCCAUUGCUAGACGCAGAACAUGCCGAGCUACAUGGCGAUCACUCUUUUGAUCACACCGAGCCUGGCAACACGACCUCUUCCCUCGAGACCCUGUCAUCUUCCCCAACUGCCGCUGCUGCCGCGAGGACAAUCUCGAGAGCAAUUUCCAUGGCUAGCCAACAUACCGCCUCCGGGGAGGAAUACAGCACGAGCGAUGCGGAGCAUUCGAUAUCUCGGGAUAGCUCAAGACUGAGACUGCCUUGGGCCGAUCACUCCUUCUCGGCUGGCGCGUCAAGUCGCGGAGAUCAUACCGCAGAGCUAGACCCCCAAAAGCUGUCUGUUGACGCUGGAAGUACGCCAGGAGCUGCACUGCGCUCUGGAAAUAGACCCAAGUAUUUGCACAGUAGGCAUGCUAGCCAGAGGUCUUCUGUUUCUUCCUACUCUGCAGAAGAGGACGGUUCCAGCGACAAUACUGUCGGUCUCGGUGCGGAUUUUGCUAUUCAGUCGGGCGGCGCCGUCCCAGCUGGAGGCAUGCAACGGAGUCUUAGCAAUGUCCUCUCUCGAUCGGUGAGCAUGGGAAGCUGGGCCUCUGGACUUGAUGACCUCCCUGAUUCUACUCGGACAUUGGAGCCGCUGGAGCCUCUAGAGGAGAUUGAUGGAUUCCCGGAAAGAGCUGGCAAGCUAAACGGCAGCGAGGACAAUUUAGCAACUCCAAAGGCUACAAAAAGUAACACGCUUCUGCCUCCCACCGACACCGUCAUCGCAAAGCACGUUCAAAAUGUAGAGGUUCCCGAGUCUUUGGCGAUUGAGUACAAAACCAAGAAUGGUCUCGAAACUCCAAUCAAGUCAUUCCGAAAGACCAUGGUCGAUUUCACUCCGGUGCCAGGCACUGCUGCAAAGAAUGGAAGAAGUAUGACCUUGAAAGAGCAAUCAAGUACCAUCGAACGCCUAUCCAAGGAGAACUUUGAUCUCAAGCUCAAGGUCAUGUUCUUGUCAGACCGGCUAGACAAGCUCUCUGAAGAAGGUGUUAAGGAAAUGGUCUCGGAGAAUGUUACGCUCAAGACUCAGUUGGCAAAGCUACAACGCGACAAUAAAGGACUACGUCGAGCGAAUAAGGAGCUCGAACAGCGAUUGCGCGAUGAAGUAGAUACCCGGCCGAGUACUGCCAAGAGUGGCUACUCGUCAGAUGGGCAGACAGAAUCACCUAUUGAUGACGAUGAGAGGGAGGAAGAACUCUUGUAUCUACGUGAGCGUGUCGAGCAACAAAUUACAGAAAUCGAACGCCUGAGAAGCGAGAACAUGACCAACCAGGCAGACAAGAGGAGACUCGCAGAGACCGUCAAGGCAAUGGGAGAUCAGGCAGGCGAACGGAUGGGCAACAGCCUAGGUCGCGAAGAAGAGGCAGACGUGUUCAAGGAUCUUCUCGAACAAGAAACUGCCCGCCGUGAACAAACCGAUGAGGACAACCGAAGACUGAACGAGGAGAUCUUCCGUCUCAAGCAAGAACUCAACAUGGCCCAUGGGGCUCCUGCCGGGUCUCUGAGCAGCGGCGCUGGAGGCAUGCACCACACGACCAAUAUUUACAACAUUACUAGAAAGGCAAAGCCAACAUCACCCACAAGAUCGCGCCCCAUGUCAGGCCUCUCUGGAGACAUGGACCUUGGAUCAAUGAGCCAGUCCAGCACGCUUGUGGAAGAUCUUCGCCGAGAGAGUGAGCAGUUACGACACGAAAACGCCGAGCUCAGGAGAGAAGUGGGCGCUCAAACUUCCAUGCUUACAUCACGCAAUCGUGAGAAGGAGAGGCUGUACCAAGAGAUCGAAGACUUGAAACUAGCGCAACGACGUAAUGGGCAUGCGCCAUCAACCAUUGAUACACUGCUGGAUCGAUCCGCAUCCCGAGCCGGCGGCCAUGAGAGAUCACAAUCUAGGAUAAGUGCCCGAACGCGACUCACUAUGGCUGCAGAGGACCCCGGACGCGAAGAGUUUGAGAACAAGCUCGCGGAGCAUCGUGACAAGAUCAACGAACUCAGACUGCAGAAUCAGGAACUGCAACGGGAACUCGAGACCUGCAUGGAAGACUUUGAGAUUGCCGUUGAGGGCAAGAAAGAAGCCGAGACAACCGCGAUGAGCCUACAGGAUGAGCUCGACAAUGCGAUGAAUGAUCUGAUCGCCAUACAAAACGAGCGAGAUGAGGCACUUCAAGAGGCUUCCGAAAUUGAAACCAAGUUUAAUGAUUUGCGGCAGGAGGCGCAAGAGGAGAUAUUGGCCCUCGAGUCCUUCGUCGAUCAACAAACCGAGGAUAUGCAACGACUGGAGCUCGAACUGCAAGAGUCAACGGAUAAUUUCAGUGCUUUACAGGAAGAGAUGCAUAAGCUUAGCGAAGCAUUCAUGCGCCUCGAAGACGACCAAGAACAGAAGUAUCGACGAAUCGAAGAGCUCGAGGCAGAAGUUGCCGACAGUAACAAGGAAUUCGAGGAAUUGGAAGCCAAACUCGUUGAGUCCAAUGACAAGGCUAACCGGCUUGGCGUUCAACAAGAGUCCAGCCAGGGCGAAAUUGCAUUCCUGCGCGAAGAGCAGGAGGCUGAUAAGAUCCGCAUCGGUGAUCUGGAAGCUGCUGUUGCAAAUGCGGAACAAAGUCUCCGUGAAGAGCGUGAUCGCGCCAAGGAGCUGGAUCAGCGACUGGCGAAUGAGAGACGACAACGGGAAAUCAUCGCCACGCGUGAGAAGGAGGAAGUCCAGCGAUUUGUCAAUGAACAAAACAAAGACCUCGCCUCGGCUAAAGACGAGGCACGGCGUCUGCGUAAGAACCUCACGAGCCGCGAAGUCGAAGCUGCCGAGUGGAAGGAGAGGCUCAUGGAGCUUGAAAACAAUUUGCGCGAAGCUUUGGGUGAUCUCAAUGGCACUAGAUCCAGUCUACUUAAGUCGAUAGCCAAGGUCCAGAAAGAUCUGGAGACCACCGUCCGCGAGCUCGAUACGACCAAGGCAUCGGUAUUGGAGAAGGAUCGUAUCAUCAAACAGCGGGAUGCGCUGCUCGAAUCGCACGGUCUCGAGGGCAAGAAGCUUGCUGAGCUGUUGGACAAGGAGCGCCAAGCUCAUCGCAACACUAAGAACUCUUACGAGACUUUCCAGCGAACCCACCAACAUGUUUCCCGCACCGUCACGAACCAAGACACUCGCAUUGUCGAGCUAGAGUCCACGCGCGCUAGUGAUAAGAAGAGGCUUGCCCAACUGGAGAACAAUUUCAAGGACCAAUUGACGGAGCGCAACAAUCUUCUCCUGGUUCUCUGGACCAAGUUGUCUGCCGUGUGCGGUACCGACUGGGCUCAUGACCACAGCUUGAUUAAUGGUCGGGCUCUACCGAGCUUGGAGGCCGUGGCAACAAUGCUACCCGGAUUCAGCAAGAACCUCCUGGCUGCGAUCAAGCACAUUGAGUCCGUCAUUGGCGGAUUUCAGACUCGCAUUAAGGGUGUCGAGAAAGAACUCUGGAAGGAAUACCAGGCACUGGACAACAGCUUGGAUUUGCGCUCCAAAAAGCUCGAUCGCCUCGAGUCCAUCGUGCGCAACGGCGUCGUUGCUGGCGAUUUCUCUGCAACUGCCAGAAUCUCUCAACUUGAAGCUGCGAUCCGCGCUCUCAAGAUUGAAAAUGCCACCUUGAUGAGGGCCAAUGAUGCUAAAACCAGGGCGGUUGGCGGCUACUUCGACUGGCGUGGAGAUGGCGAUGGUAAGGGAGAUGUAGACGAGUACGGCAGCCCGUCUCCGCAUAUUCCCACAGGACCAAUUAAGAAGAAGCCUGGCGAUGCCGAGAUUGAUGGUCAACGGAAAUCCAGCUUGACUACUAAGAGUAAGGCAUCACAUCUCGAAGCCACGUCAAGCUCGAAAACAAGGACGAACACCAUGAGUCGUAGCUCGUCUACCAAUGCUCAUGCGCCAGCGGAAUACGAGGCCACCAACAGCACCUCGGGCGGCGGUGAUGGAGACACAAAGUGGAUGUUCCGACUCAGAGAACUCGAGUACAAACUCAAACAGGAGCGGGAAGCACGCAACAUGGACCGAUCGGCUGCAAAACAGAGGAUACUUGAGGGCGAGCGGCAGAAGGAUGAACUCGUUGCUGAGCUCGUCAGGGCCAAAAGGAGGGGCGGGGAAUAG